AUGACCUGGAAAACGCGUAUUCCCAUUGCCGUAAUCGGCCGCCGACAAUCGCCGAUCAAUAUCGUUUCCCGUAAAGCAGAUUACGACUUUGCUCUAACGGCCAAUCCCCUUGAGGUAAACUACACACCGGAAGACGAAGUCACGCUGCUGAACAAUGGGAACAGCAUCGUGUGUCAGAUUGCCAAGCCCGGAUUUUUGACCGGUGGCCCCCUUGGCAACCAGCAGUUCAGGCUGGAGGAAUUCCACUUGCACUGGGGAGCAGACAACCGCCGGGGAUCGGAGCAUACGAUUGACGGGAAGAUGUUUGCAGCCGAGCUUCACCUCGUCCACUGGAACACUAAGUAUGGCAGCAUGGUGGAGGCUCAGGACAAACGCGACGGACUCGCCGUGCUCGGGGUUAUGAUCGAGCCCGGCGAUGAGCAUCCCGCCUUCUCCGUUGUGUCAAACAAUUUGGGCUGGUUGAUCCAACCUAAUAGCACUGGCACCAUCUCCAGCUACCUGAACCCCAGAGACCUGUUGCCAUUCAUUGUGAAGCGAAGCCGGUUCUCACACGUGACGUCACGCUGCAUCAGCGACUACUGGACCUACGAGGGCUCCCUUACAACCCCGCCCCUUUUUGAAAGUGUUCAAUGGAUUAUCUUCAAGGAACCCGUGGGAUUCUCUAAAAGGCAGCUGAACGCUCUUCGAAAUUGUCUUAUUGAUUCCGACAACAACCUCAUGCAGGACAACUUCCGGCGUCUCGUGCCAAGAGCAGGGAGAACGGUCAGGGCCUCUUUCCAUUGA